CGUGACUGCGGGGAAUCUGCUGCUGUAAUCCUGUCAUUGCAUCGCUGCUGUGCAUAAGUUUGGAUGCCUGCUGCUGAAGUUUGUCAUGCUGUCCGCGACGAUGGAAACCUGAAGUGAAUCGCUGGAGGUGGAGCAGCAAAGAAAAGAAAAGUGAGAAGACAGGAACUCGGCAGACAGAAGCGUCGCGGGGCGAAUACGGGAGAGGACGACAGAGGAGACUCAGCAUGACGGGAGCAUGGAGGUGAAGGAGCACCGCCUGAACUGUUCCCUCUCUCGCGCCCGCCGGGAGCGAGGCAGAGAGAGGGGGAGAGGGGAGGAGGACGAGGGGGUCACGGAGGGGCCCGGCGAGCGCCGCCUCCCUGCGACCUCCGUGCUCACCCAGAAAUCCUACAGCUCGAGUGAAACGCUGAAGGCCUUUGACCAGCAGUCCGCCACACAGCCGAUGUACGCGCACCGCAUGCCGGACGCCGCGCCAGGAGAUGGAGACGAUUACCGAGCACCAGGUCAGACUCUGUCCCUGCGGCAGCUGGGUCUGUGCAGCGGUGCCCCCCGCCGUGGCCUGAGUUUCUGUGCCGAAACCGGCCUCAGCCAUCAUGUUCAGCCCAGCGGAGCGGACCACGUCCAGAACAUAGGGGGCAUCUCACCGGACUGUGCCUCCCGCCUCUGGGGACGGGGGAUUAAGCUGCACGGUCGCGACUCUCGCCUGUCCAGCCAGUCCAACUCGGCCCUGACUCUCACAGAUGCCGAGCAAGACGACCGCUCGGAGCACGAUAGCGAUCAGCUCUCCAGCCAACAAGGUCCUCCUCCGCUGCCACCUGCUCCACACCAGCAUAAGCAGAACAACCCGUCAAUCACCUCGCUGGCCAAUCAGGCCGUGGAACUACAGAGUGCGUCAGAAUGCGUGCAGCUGCAGGAGAACUGGGUUCUGGGUAGCCACGUAGACCUGGAGAGCAGGCACUUCCUGCUGAAGACAGGCACUGCCACUGCCUCGCUCUUUACCACGCCAAAUCCAGGCUACACCAUGGCAACUGGGGCUGUCUGUUCCCCAUCGGCCCGCCCCUUUCCACGAAACAACCUAUCAAGAGGAGCAUUCAAAUUCAAGAAGUCACCAAAACGUUGCUCCUGGAAAUGCACAGCUCUUAGUGCCGUGGGCGUGGCCACUCUGCUGUCAGUCAUGCUCUCUUACUGUAUAGUCAUGCAUGUUUUCGGACUGAACUGGAAACUGAAGGAUGUCGAUGACCAUGCCUUCGAGAACGGCAGGGCCCGGCCCGUAACCACGCCGAUGAGCACUCUGAUGUCACUCUCCACCGACGGUAGGGUGGGUGUCCAGCCCGAUGCAAUGCUGGACUCUGGGAUGGUGCCGGUGGGUCAGCAGGUCAGCCAGACUGUCCCCCCAGGGGGAUUCUGGAGGUCUAGCCUUCUGAUCGAGCAGGCCCGCUUCCUCAAGUUCAACAUCUCCAUUCAGAAAAACGCCCUGAUUGGAGUGUAUGGCAGGAAGGGUCUGCCACCUUCACACACACAGUAUGACUUUGUGGAGCUUUUGGAUGGAAGUCGUCUGAUCUCUCGGGAGCGGGUCCAGGGGGAUCCAGAGUGGAGAGGCGGUGCAGAACAGCUGGUCAGCAUGCAGAACACGGGCUUCAUCCAGUACCUGCAUGCUGGAGUCUGGCACCUGGCCUUCUAUAACGACGGCCGCACUCUGGAACCUGCGUCUUACAACACCGUGCUGCUGGAGUCAGUGAUGGAAUGCCCGCACAACUGCUAUGGCAACGGAGAGUGCACGUCUGGCACAUGCCGAUGUUUUCCGGGAUUCCUUGGUCCAUACUGCUCCAGAGCUGCCUGCCCUGUGCUGUGCAGUGGUAACGGCGAGUACAGCAGGGGGCGCUGUCAGUGCUAUAGCGGCUGGAAGGGCACAGAAUGCGACGUUCCCGGCGGGCAGUGCGUGGACGUCCGUUGCGCGGGUCGCGGCCUGUGCGUGUCGGGCCUGUGUGUGUGUAACCCCGGCUACAAGGGAGAGACCUGUGAGAUGGAGGACUGCGCAGUCCCGUCCUGUUCAGGGCACGGUUCCUGCCACCACGGCCGCUGCCAGUGCCUGCCAGGCUGGACGGGACCGAGUUGCGAGUCCCACCUCUCCCUCUGCCCCGAACACUGCUCAGGCCACGGGACCUUCCAGAGCGAGACUAGCACCUGCAUCUGCGAGGCCAACUGGACCGGACCAGACUGUUCUGUUGAAGUGUGUGCUUCUGAGUGCAGUCCUCACGGUGUGUGUGUGGGCGGAGUGUGCCACUGUUCAGGAGGCUGGUUGGGCCCCCGCUGUGACGAGGAGGAGUGUGUGCCGCACUGUGGGGAGCACGGCGUGUGUCUCAAUGGCCAGUGCGAAUGCCACCAGGGCUGGACAGGGGAACGUUGCAACAUCGCCCACUAUCUGGAUGGCAAAAUCAAAAGGUACCCAGACUGGAUAGGAUACCGAGACAGCUGCCCCGGCCUGUGUAACAGCAACGGCAGGUGCGUCCUCGACCAGAACGGUUGGCACUGCCUCUGCCAAUCAGGGUGGAGAGGGGUGGGGUGUGAUGUCGCCAUGGAAACCCUAUGCUCAGACGGCAAGGACAACGAGGGAGAUGGCCUUCUGGACUGCAUGGACCCGGACUGCUGCCUGCAGAGCUCCUGUCAGGACCAGGUGUACUGCCGGGGUGGGCCGGGACCCAGCGCCACGGCCCGCCAGCAUCCACAGCCUUCCUCCGUUACCGCGUCCCUGGAGUUCUACCAGCGCGUCACUUCCUGUGUCCCGGGAGGGACCCACCGGCUUCCUGGAGAAAACCCAUUCAACAGCAGCCUGGCAUCUGUGGUGAGAGGUCAGGUGGUGACGGAAGAUGGAACACCGCUGAUCGGAGUCAAUGUGUCACUUCUGUAUGACCCCCAGCAGGGCUAUACCAUCAGCAGACAAGACGGAAUGUUUGACCUGCUGGUGAACGGAGGAGCAUCCCUCACUCUGAGCUUUGUGCGAGCCCCAUUCCCUGCUAUCCACCGCACUGUGUGGUUGCCAUGUAGAGUGUUCUACAUGAUGGACAGGCUGGUGAUGAGGGUGACGGAAAGUGACACGCCCACUUGUGAGGUCAGCGGCCUCGCGAGGCCUGCGCCCAACAUCAUGACGUCGGCGCUCUCUACCUAUUACAGUUCCAACCCAGAGGCCAGCCCCAUCAUUCCUGAGACACAGGUGCUCCACGAACAGACAGCCAUCCCAGGCAGUGACCUGAACCUGGUGUACCUCAGCUCUCGGGCGUCCGCGUACAAGCCUGUCCUGAAAGUGGUCAUGACCGAGUCCGGUGUGCCCUUCGGCCUGGCAAAGGUGCACCUGGUGGUUGCCGUGGAGGGUAGAAUGUUCCAGAAAGAGUUCCCAGCCUCCCCGAGGCUGUCAUUCACCUUCGUCUGGGAUAAGAUGGACGCAUACGGUCAGAGGGUGUACGGCCUGUCCCAGGCUGCGGUGUCUGUGGGCUUCGAGUACGAGUCGUGCCUGGGCUUGGUUCUGUGGGAAAAACGGAGCGCCACGCUGCAGGGUUUUGAGCUGGACGUCUCCAGCAUAGGAGGCUGGACGCUGGACAAGCACCACGUCCUGGACUUGCACAACGGGAUCCUGUAUAAGGGCAGCGGCGAGAAUGUGUUCCUGUCCCAACUGCCCCGUGUCAUUAGCACCAUUAUGGGCAACGGCCGGCGCAGAAGCAUCUCCUGCCCCAGCUGUAAUGCCCCGGCCGAGGGCAACAAGCUUCUGGCCCCUAUGGCUCUGGCCUGGGGCCGAGAUGGCAGCCUGUACGUGGGAGACUUCAACUACAUCAGACGAAUCCACCCAUCGGGUAAUGUCACCAGUGUCAUGGAGCUCAGAAAUAAAGAUUUCAGACAUAGCAACAACCCGGCUCACCGCUACUACCUGGCCACGGAUCCCGGGACGGGGCAGCUGUACGUGUCGGACACCAACUCCAGGAGGAUCUACCGGCCGCGCGUGCUGUCGGCUGGCGCGGAGCCCCAGCAGAAUGUGGAGGUGGUAGCAGGGACCGGUGAACACUGCCUGCCCUUUGACGAGACCCAGUGUGGGGAUGGGGGCCUGGCGGUGGAAGCCCUCCUGACAGGACCCAAAGGGAUCGCCGUGGACAAGAACGGCCUGGUCUACUUCGUGGACGGCACGGUGAUCCGCAAGGUGGAUCGGAACGGCAUCAUCUCCACCGUGCUGGGGUCGAACGACCUCGCCGCUGCCAGACCUCACAGCUGUGACGCAGUCAUGAGCAUCAAGCAGGUGUCACUGGAGUGGCCGACAGACCUGGCUGUCAGUCCACUGGACGACUCUCUGUUCGUGCUGGACGGCAGCGUGGUCUUGCGCGUCACGGCAGAGGGACAAGUGCUGGUGGUUGCGGGCCGGCCGCUGCACUGCUCCAUGCCCCCCGAUGACCUGUCCGUAACCGAGCCCCGGAAGGCCACGCACACACACCUGGAGGCUGCGAGCGCCAUCGCCGUGUCCUUCGACGGCGUCCUGCACGUCGCCGAGACGGACGAGCACAAGAUGAGCCGCAUCCGCAGCGUGGCGCCCGACGGCGAGGUCACGCACACGGCGGGCGCGCUGUCCGACUGCGACUGCAAGAGCGAUGUGAACUGCGACUGCUACCUGGCCGGCGACGGCUUCGCCAAGGAUGCCCGGCUCAACGCGCCCUCGUCCCUCGCCGCCGCUCCGGACGGGACACUGUACGUGGCUGACCUCGGGAACAUCCGGAUCCGGGCCAUCGGCGCCAACCGGCCGCAGCUCAACUCGCUGGGCCUGUACGAGGUGGCCUCGUCGGCCCAACAGGAGGUGUACAUGUUCGACGCCAACGGAACCCACCAGCACACAGUCAGCCUGGUGACGGCCGACUACCGGUACAACUUCAGCUGCGGCAACGAGGGUGACCUGACCGCCGCCACCGAUUGCCAUGGAAACACCCUCCGCAUCCGCAGGGACGCCAGCCGUCAGCCAGUGAGGAUUGUGGCUCCGGACAACCAGGUGGUGUGGUUGAGCAUGACCUCAAGCAGAGGACUCAGGAGUCUGGGCACGCAGGGCCAGGACCACGUGCUGCUCACUUACCAUGGCAACAGCGGCCUCCUGGCGACCAAGAGCACAGCCAACGGGUGGACCACUUUCUACGAUUAUGACACAGAAGGCAAGCUGACUAACGUGACCUUCCCCACGGGGUUGGUGAGCAGCGUGCUCAGCGACUGGGGUGCCGCCCCCACCGUGGAAAUGGAAAGCCUGGAAACAGAGGAGCACGCUGCCAUCACCACCAACCAGUCUGCCGUUCAGGCUGUGCUCACCCUGCAGCAGGAUCAGUUGAAGACAAACUACGUGGUGGGUUACGAUGGCUCCCUGCGGGUUCUGCACGCGAACGGUCUUGGCACUCACUUCCAGACCGAGCCCCACAUCCUCUGCGGAGCGUCGUCGCCCACGGUGGCCCGCAGGAAUGUCACGCUGCCGGACGACGCCGGCCAGAACCUGGUGGAAUGGCGCUUCAGGAAGGAGCAGUCGCGCUCCAGGGUCACGGUUUUCGGACGCAAGCUACGUGUAAACGGCCGCAACAUCCUGUCCGUCGACUACGACCGCACUCUCAGGACCGAGCGCAUCUACGACGACCACCGCAAGUUCCUGCUGAAGAUCGCCUACGACCCGACGGGUCAGCCUGCUCUCUGGCUGCCCAGCAGCAAGCUGCUGCCUGUGAACCUGACCCGAAGGAGCAGCGGGCAGUUGAGCAGCAUCCAGUGGGGCUCGGUGACCGAACGCCUGGAACAUGACGAGCAGGGGCGCCUGUCUUCCAGAGUGUUCCCCGAUGGAAAGACCUGGAGCUACACUUAUCUGGAGAAGUCCGUCGUGCUGAUCCUGGUCAGUCAACGGCAGUACACAUUCGAGUACGACUCUGAUGGCAGGCUGGCGGCCGUCACCAUGCCAAGUUUGGCCCGGUACACCAUGGAGACGGUCCGCUCGGUGGGCUACUACCGCAACCUCUACCACCCGCCCGAGAGCAACGCAUCCGUGGCUGUGGACUACAGCGAGGAUGGGCGGCUGCUGAGGGUGGUGCACGCAGGCACGGGCCGGCGGGUGCUGUACCGCUACCGAUGGCACAGCAAGAUAGCGGAGGUCCUGUACGACGGCGCGCGCGCCACCUUUACGUACGACGAGACGACCGGCGUGCUGAAGACGGUGAACCUCCAGAGCGAAGGCUUCGUGUGCACCAUCAGGUACAGGCAGCUGGGCCCCCUGGUGGACAGGCAGAUCUACCGCUUCAGCGAGGACGGAAUGGUCGGCGCGCGCUUCGACUACGCCUACGACAGCAACCUGCGCGUCGCCAGCGUGCAGGGCGUCGUCAACGACGUGCCGCUGCCCAUCGACCUCUACCAGUACGAUGACAUCUCGGGCAAGGUGGAGCAGUUUGGCAAGUUUGGCGUCAUCUACUACGACAUCAACCAGAUCAUCUCCACCUCCGUCAUGACCUACACCAAGCACUUGGACGGUCACGGUCGGGUUCGGGAGAUCCAGUAUGAGCUCUUCCGGACGCUGCUGUUCUGGCUCGCGGUGCAGUACGACGACAUGGGCCGGGUCACCUCACGGGAGAUUAAGAUCGGCCCGUUCGCCAACGCCACCAAAUACACCUACGAGUACGACCCGGAUGGGCAGCUGCAGGCCGUCUACCUGAACGAGAAGCCCACCUGGCGCUACAGCUACGACCUGAACGGGAACGUGCACCUGCUCAGCCCGGCUAGCAGCGCCCGCGUCCUGCCGCUGCGCUACGACCUCCGGGACCGGCUCACGCGCCUGGGAGACAUGCAGUACGAGCUGGAUGAGGACGGCUUCCUGCGUCAGAGGGGCGCCGAGGUCUACCAGUACAACUCCAAUGGCCUCUUGGAGCACGUCUACAGCAAGACAGGUGGCUGGAUGCUGCGACACCGCUACGACGGCCUGGGGAGGAGGGUUUCCUCCAAGUCAAGCCUAGGCCAGCACCUGCAGUUCUUCUACGCCGACCUGAGCGCCCCAAGCCGCGUUACACACGUGUACAACCACUCGAGCUCAGAGGUCACCUCCCUGUACUAUGACCUGCAGGGUCACCUCAUCGCCAUGGAGCUCAGUGGCGGGGCAGAAUUCUACGUGGCGUGCGACAACACGGGUUCGCCGCUGGUGGUCUUCGGCAGCGACGGAGCCCUCCUGAAGCAAGUGCACUACACCGCGUAUGGGGAAGUCUACUCCGACUCCAACCCCGACCUCCAGCUGGUGCUUGGCUUCCACGGGGGCCUCUAUGAACCACUGACGAAACUGCUUCAUUUUGGGGCACGGGAUUAUGACAUCAUGUCAGGCCGCUGGACUGCACCCGAUAUCACCAUGUGGGAAACCACAGCCAAGGAGACAGCCCCCUUCAAUCUCUACAUGUUCCGGAACAACGAUCCCGUUAGCAAAGUGCAGGAUGUGAGAGAGUACAUCACAGACAUCAACACCUGGCUGGUCACCUUUGGGUUCCAUCUCCACAACAGCAUUCCUGGUUUCUCGGUGCCACAUUCUGGGAUGAUCAAAUCCUCUUACGAACUGACCAAGAGUGUAAUCUGGGACGAUCUCCCGACCAGCUUUGCAGUUCAGCAGCAAGCACUGCGACAAGAUAAAGCGUUCCUGGCAUUUGAGCGGUUGCCCCCGACACAGCUGGGCCAGUUGACGAGGUGGGACAAGCCCUGGCUGUGGUUUGCAUCCAGCGAGUCGCUGAUAGGCCGUGGAGUCAUGCUGGCCCUCUACAGGGGCACGGUCAUCACCCGCGCCCUCAGCAUAGCCACCGAGGACUGCAUCAAAGUGGCCAACCUUCUCAACGGCGCCAUCUACAUGAAAGACCUGCACUUCACCCUGGACGGCCACGACACGCACUACUUCGUCAAGACCGGCUCGCCCGAGGCCGACCUGGCGGCCCUGAGGCUCACCACAGGGCACAAGGAGCUAGAAGGCGGAGUCAACGUGACCGUGUCGCAGUCCACGGGCGUGCUCGCCGGCCGCACACGGCGCUUCGCCGACGUGGAGCUGCGCCGUGGCCCGCUGGUGCUGCACGUGCGCUACGGGACGUCCGAGGACGAGGAGCGCUCCCGUGUCCUGGAGCUGGCGCGGCAGAGGGCGCUAGCGGGCGCGUGGGCCCGUGAGCAGCGCCGGGCCAGAGACGGAGAGGCGGGGGCGCGCCCGUGGACGGAGAGUGAGCAGAAACAGCUGCUUGGCGGGGGGCGAGUCCCGGGCUACGACGGCUACUACAUCCUGUCGGUGGAGCAGUACCCCGAGCUGGCUGACAGCAUCAGCAACAUCCAGUUCCUCCGACAGAGUGAAAUAGGAAAGAGGUAGCAGACGAGCAGAGUGUAGGGAGACUGUGUGUCAGCAACUGCUUUUGUGCGUCUUAGGUGGUAGUAGAUGAGGAAGGAAAUGCAUAUAUGCAUUAAAAACAUAAACAUUUCUGUCUCACCCUUCUCAUAGGUGGUCUCACAAUUCACCUGGGUGGUGGUAUCAUGUUUGUUUGUCUCACACCGAGGCCUUCUAACAGAGGCCUGGGAAUUUGAGGGAAUGGCAGUUUGAGUUUUAUAUAUAUAUAUAUAAACUCAAACACGCACACAUAUAAACGGAGUUAAAACAACGCUGUGCGUUGUGGAGUGUUAGUGUGUUGAAACCUAUUUAAAGCCCUAUCAAGGCAUGUACUGUGGAGCACAAUGAACAUUUGUGACAAGACAGGCCAGGAUUCUACAAGUGUUAAUAUAUUUAUCUGACUAUUUAUUAUAUGCUCAUUUUAACAAAUUGUUUGCAUAUGCAUAUCACUGCAACACUGGAAAAAUACCGCAAAUGGCAUUUGUUUAUUGUUCCUUUUUAUAUUGAUUUUGUUUACUAUGGUUUUGCGCUGUACUUUCUGUUUGUCACCGUACUGUAAAAUGUAAUAUGCAAUUUUAUUUUUAUUUGUAAUUUUUUUUUAUUCUGUUUUAUUUUACUUGUUUUAUUUUUGUAUUUUUUUUCAAGGGGUGGGAAGGGUGCAGACCAACCGCUGCUGUCUUAUGAUUUUUGGUUUGUUCAGUAUGCACAUUUUUUAAAGUCAUAAACAUUAUAUUGGAAAAUUUCAGCUAUUGUGGUACAACUUUUACAGUAUAACAUGAAUCAUAUAUAUCAUAAAGUGAAGACUAAAGAGAGCAGCACAGCAAACCUGUACAAGUACCUGUAUGUAUGUAAAUGAGUGUUUACCUGCAAUUUUCUAUAGCCCCUAAUGGACAAAGUCGUUCAGUUUUGUUUAUACUUAAUAAAUAAAAAGUAAA